UUUUUGUAAGAACACGAAUUAACCUGUUCGGAUUAACACUUUUCAAAAGGAAUAACUUGUUUUCUCAUGAUAAGUGGCUGACUGCAGCUCAGGUCCCCAUGCUCUGCCUUGUGAGUGCUGCUUGGCCUGCUGAGCCCCUAGGUGCUGGUGUGUCUGUACUGGGCUGCAGCUGAAGCAGGGUUACAGUGAGUGGUGGUGUUGGUGCCUGCGGUGGUGGAGGCGGGUCAUCAGAGGGCCCAGAGCCCUGGUAGCAGGCGGAGGGGCCUGUCUUGUCCCAGCCACACGAAGAUGAACAAACUGAACUUCCACAACAACAAAACCAUGCAGGACCGCCGCUGCGUCUGUGUCUUUUUGCCCAAUGAUGACACGCUUAAUGUCAUAGUCAAUGUAAGGACCCUGUGCCAGGAACUGUUGGUCCAGGUGUGUGACCUCCUGAGACUGAAGGACUGUCACCUGUUUGGACUCAGCGUUAUUCAAAAUAAUGAACACAUCUACAUGGAACUGGAUCAGAAGCUUUCCAAAUACUGUCCCAAAGAAUGGAAGAGAGAAGCCAGCAAGGGAAUCGACCAGUUUGGGCCUCCAAUGAUCAUUCACUUCAGAGCUCAGUAUUACGUAGAGAACGGGAGAUUGAUCAGUGACCGGGCAGCCAGGUACUACUACUACUGGCACUUGAGGAAACAGGUGCUGCUCUCACAGUGUAUCCAAAGGGAGGAGGCCUACUUCCUCCUGGCAGCCUUCGCCCUGCAGGCUGACCUCGGCAACUUCAAACGUAACAAGCACUUUGGGAAGUACUUUGAACCUGAAGCCUACUUCCCCCCAUGGGUGAUAGCCAAGCGCGGCCGUGAGUACAUCCUGAGGCAUAUCCCAAACAUGCACAAAGACCAGUUUGCUCUCACAGCUUCAGAAGCGCACCUCAAAUACAUUAAGGAGUGUGCCCAGCUUGAUGACGUCACUGUCCACUACUACAGACUCUACAAGGACAAGAAGGAAGUAGAGGCAUCACUUACAUUGGGAUUGACUCUACGUGGUAUUCAAAUAUUUCAGAACGUCGGGUCUGUGAGGCAACUGUUGUACGACUUCCCCUGGACCAACGUGGGAAAACUGGUAUUUGUGGGGAAGAAGUUUGAAAUCCUUCCCGACGGUCUGCCCUCAGCCCGUAAACUCAUCUACUACACAGGUUGUCCCGUGCGCUCUCGCCACCUCCUGCAGCUGCUCAGCAACAGCCACCGGCUCUACAUGAACCUGCAGCCUGUUCUCAAACAAGUCCGCCGGUUGGAGGAAAACGAAGAGAAGAAGCAGUACAGGGAAUCGUACAUCAGCGAUGCUCUCGAACUGGACAUGGAGCACCUGGACAAACGUUCCCGGGCCAGUGGCAGCAGUGCAGGGAGCAUGUCUCAUCACAAACGCCUGUCCCGCCACUCCACGACUAGCCACGGCAGCUCACACACCUCCGGCAUUGAGACGGACAGCUUCAGGGCCCCGGGUCAGGCCCCGCACAGGCCCCUACGAACCUGCAGCUCAUCGACAACCAGCCACGGAAGCUCACACACCUCCGGCAUCGAGAGCAGCGGCAAGGAGCGCAUACUAGAUGAUGAUGAGAUUGAGAUGCUGGUGGACGACCCCAAAGACUAUGAGGAGCUUCAUGAGAUGGCUCUGGACCAGGAUCUGUGUAUCCACAUCACUGAGGACAUGUUGACCAUGUCGCCUGAUCAGAGCAACGGAUACUCAGGACUGAUAGUGAAAGACGUCAGCUCCUCCACCUCCAGCUCCUCCGAGACCGUCGUCAAGAUGAGAGGACAGAGCAUCGAGUCUCUGCCACAGACAUCUGCGUGCAGGAAGCCUCAGUCUUCGACCGACCGCCACAGCCAGUCUCUUGACGAUGUCCGACUCUACCAGAAGGACUGCCUGCAGUGGGCGGAGCUCUGCCAGGACACCGCCCACAGCUACACGUUCGGCUGCGCCCAGGAGCUCAGCGACGGCGGCGGCUAUCAGGGCCUCGCCGAUCAACGCGCCGGCAUGCUCGGCGAGCAGCACCAUCCCAUCAAGAGAACCAACAAGUACUUCUCCCUGGACCUGACCAGCGAAGAGGUCCCAGAGUUCGUGGUGUGACGGAGGUGGAAACGAGGCGACCUCAGGGUGACCUUUUUCGCUCCUCCGUGUCAGUGUGGAGAUGUUUCAGCCCUCAGGGAACGAGACGAGAGAGUGCUAGAGAGGUGGUUUCUAUUCUUGGCAGCGAUGAAUAAAGUGGCAGUAAGUUGGCUGUCCCUUCACUUACCACUUCGGACGAAUAACACUUAAUAAACGAACAAACAUGGAGGAUCCUGGCUGAAAUGGGAACUUUAAGAACGAACACUGGGUUCAAGAGAACGUGUGUCUUUAAAAGGUAACCCAAGCUGCUCCCCUGUGUGAAAGGAAACAAAAGGGAUCUUGUCAUCUUCUUUUAAAAAACAUUAUUAUUCAAAUCUGUCUCCUCCAGAGCGGUUUCCAAGAACCACACGUUGUGUUUGCCUGCAUUAUAAAGUCAUAAAAAGACUUUGUGUGCAUGCACAUACUGUAGGCUUACAGCAGACAGAGACUCGUGCACGCACAGACACAAAGAGCAUAUCAAAGAUUUUCUCUGGAGGACACAAAGGACAAAAUCACUCUGAGCUACGAACCAAAGACAAGAAAUGGAAAUAAAAAGAAAUGUCCAACUCAUUCUCAUGUGUGCAGACGUGACAACAUUUCAAAGUCAUGGCGGGAUAAGAUGAACCCAUAAUCCUUUGAGAGAAAGCAGCCAUGGUUUCCUCGACGCCACUUCAUUUUACCUCAAGAGGAAGUGCAGUGUGCCAACUCCCCGCUCUCAGAAUGGACUCUUAAUCAUGUGAACACACACCCGACGUGCCUUCAUCACACUAUGCAGGUGUCACCCUCGCCUUGACAAUCACACACCCUCCUCACACACCUUAGUCAUCUUUAAACAUCCAAGCCAUUAGAAUUCAAAGCUCGACUUUAUUUUUAAACCUCGAACACACACUGCUUAAGAAGAUCAAGCCAGUUCUUCAGCAUCUUAAAUGUCAAAAAGACUUGAUUUCAAACUGUUUCAUGUCCUGUGAAAUCCUGCGAGGAAUGAGGCCGAGUAAGUUCCUACAUGUCCUGGCAUGCGUUGAGUUUGUGGCCACAAAAACUUCCCUGUAAUCUAGACUCAAGAUGGAGCCCGGGUUGGCUGUCGGCCAAAACAAACUGUACAUUUUGAUGCAUACAUGUCUUCCUUUCUGCUCAGUUUUAUUUCGUUCUUGUUGUCUUGUUUCGUUUCAUCUGUCAUUUUAAACUGGAAUUUGUUACAUUUUUUACUCUGCAUCCUGUCGUCUUACCUGAAAUCUUUUCACAUGUUGUAUUUUUGUAUGAACUGUCCAGACUUGUGUUGUAGUUGAACAGUUAUUCUGUGUGCAGUCGAUUUCAUUAAGUAUUACAAGCAAAUGUAUGUGACAGUAUUAAGGACAUGUGAUGUUUGUGGCUCUAAACAAGACAGACUGGUUUUAGAAUUUUAAUCUCCCUGUUAGACUGUGGACGCUGACAGGAUGUGUUGCGAGCUGUUAUUUCUCAAAGAUCCGUGGUAUGAAUGAGGACAGGAGGUUGUUGCAGGUUAAAAACAGGAUGAUUUUACUCAUUAAUCAUGCAGCUCAAAUUCAAAGUGCCACCGUUACAGCUUUGUCUGACUUAAAUCAAUCAUGUCAUGCUUUUUUAAAGAUACAACCAUCAGAUUUUUAGCUUCUUUGUGCUGAAACACAACCUUGUACUCUUGUUUGAAUGGGGUGAAAGACACUGCACCACAAGCUUUAACCAGUUAUAUUUUGAUUUUAAGAUGAAAUCUUAAUGAUGAAGUUCUACAUACAACUUUCCAAUUGGUCGAAAUGAUCCUUUAAGUUAUUGAAAAAACACUUACUGAAAAAGACUGGACUCUGCUGUUUUGUGGUAUAUCAGGAAGAGUUCUUCAUUUUGGGAAAUACACUUGAUACUGUUUGUUGCUUAAAACUAUGGGAGGCUCUACAUCAUGUUCAUGUUGGUAGACUAAAUAUGAAGCUACAGCCAUAGGACGAUUAGCUUAGCUUAGCAUAAAGGUACUGCUCUAAACCUCUAAAAGCCACUAAUUACCACCUGAUUUUUUCUAAGCUGUACAAAAACUGAGGUGGAAAAACAACAAUUCAACAUCAGAGGACUAUUUGUUAGCGUGGAAUUUACUGCUCCCUGCCAGGAAAUAAUUUGGCUUGUAACAUAACAUUAAUACACAACAUGUUGUUUUCACCCUUUGGUUUUUGUACAGAUCAAACAACAGACAAUGUGUUCAUGAAUGAGCAAUAAAGGUGCUGGGAGAUGGAUUUUGUUAGCUUUGGACAGAGCCAGGGUAGCUGUUUUUCCCCGUUUCCAGUCUUUAUGCUAAGCUAAGCUAACCUGCUGCUGGUGGUGUCCUCAUAUUUAUCCUACAGACAUGAGAGUUGAGAGUAACUCUUUGCAAGAAAGUGAAUAAGCACAUUUCCAGAAUGUCAAACUUUUCCGACAAAUGUUCAGUGUUCACUGUGUUAUAUGUCAUCUGAAAAGGCGACGCUAUAAUUCUAACAUCUUGAGACCCACAGAGCUGUUUUACAACUGUCAGUCAGCAAAAACAAACAAAUAACAUGAUAACUGUCGUCAAACUCCAGAUGCUUUUAUUUACUCCCUAACUUUGUUGCUAAGCUGAGCUCUAUGAUGUAUAAUUUUGUCCCUGUGGCUCAAACGUUGUUAGCAUUUCCAAACUCAUACAAGACUUCAUUACAGGCCUUUUACUGCACUCUUAUUAUUUUUGAGUCAUCUCAGUACAGCUUUAAGUAACUAUUAUCAUUUAAACUCACUUUUUUCACAUACUGGCAUUACAGCAUCUGAACAAGGUUUUAAAAAACACAUUUAUGUAAUACAUAACAAAUACAUGCAUUUGAUAAAGACCACCUCUAUAUUUCUUUCACUGUUUUAAACUUAUGAUUAUUUCUUCUCAUUAAUGGAAAAUGUUUAAAGUCAUUUUUGAUGGAUGGUGAUGUUUCUUAUAUUAAAACAGUAUGUGUUAAGGUACAUAGCCAUACAGUCAUAACCCAUGUCCUUAAAGUCUUCACAAUUUGUUCUAACUUCCUUGUCUGACUUCAAUGUAUGGUCAUACUUACACUUUGUAAGAGUCUGUAUGUCUGUGUCCAUAAUCCUUUCUGUGAAAGGAUCUCCAUUCAGGAAAAAAUGAAAGAUUUUUUUUGUCACCCUGUAGUUAAAAAAAAAGAUUUGUUAUUAUGAAGUCUGGUCCGUGCCUUCUUGGUACUAAUGCCCUCAAUAUCCAAUAAAAAGGUACAUUUAUUU